CAGUGGAGUUUUUUUUAAGUAGAGCCCGGAUUCUGUUGAUGACGCACGGACAGGGAUAACAGCUAAAAUAAAAACACAGCUAGCUAGUCAACUUGAAUUAUCAAAGAAUGUCUCAAAUACAGUUAUUGAGGGUUUUUCUGAACGAUAGAUUAACAGCUGCUGCUGAGGAGAUAUUCGGGGUCGUUGAAAAAACGGUAGCAGAGUAUCAAGAGGAAGUUGUCCGUCUACAGAGGCUGCUCGACAUUGUUCUUCAACCUGAGAUAAACCUACAGAGAGCAGACCUCCAGCAGCGUACUCUCUCUGUCUCUGUAGAGGAGGUUCCCCCUGAGCAGCAGCACUGUGAGCAGGAGUGGAGCCCCAGUCUGGGACAGGAGGACCCAGAGCCCAUACAGAUUAAAGAGGAAGAGGAGGAACUCAGAACCAGUCAGGAGGAAGAGCAGCUUAAAGGGCAUGAGGCAGAGACCAUAGAGUUCAUAUUCAAUCCUGUCUGUGUGAAAAGUGACUGUGAUGAGGACCCAACUCAGCCCUCACAUCUCUAUCAAGCCCAAAAGGAGGGAAACGGAGAGAGAGACACUCUACCCAGUACUACAACUGAAAAGAUCAAAACAGAACCUGAUGGAGACAUCUAUGUAGAAUCAGAACCAACCAGUCUCUCUCAGCCUUUCUCUGCAGUAAAUCCAGACUGUUCUGCAGCUCAGAGUGAAAACAGUCAAAGUGUCAGUGGUAUGGAGACUGGAGGACCUCCGUCUGGUUUUAACCCAGUCAAAUCAAAGAGAACAAAGAUGAUGAAAGGACAAAGCUCCUGUGUCAAGAAAUCUACACAGUUGUCCCUCCUGAAAUCACCCAGUCAAAGUCAUGAUACUCCCUGUUGUUGUAAGGUGUGCGACAAGUCUUUUCAUCACAUGGGUUCAUUACUUAAACACGUGAAAACUCAUAGAAAGGAUAAAGAAGGUAUUUGUGGUGUGUGUGGAAAAUGUAUGGAGUUCACAGAAAGUAUGAAAGAUCACCUCCAAACCCACAUUGCAGCUAGAUUUUGUUGUGAUGUUUGUAGUAAAUGGUUCAGCACAAACAGUAAGCUCACAGUGCACAUGAGGAGCCACACAGGGGAGAAACCUUUUUCCUGCCCUGUUUGUGGUACAUGCUUCAUGCAGAAUGGAGGUCUGAAAAUACACAUGAGAAUCCACACAGGGGAGAAGCCAUAUCGUUGUUAUUGUUGUGGACAAGGAUUCAGCACUGGCAGUGCUAUGAAAAGGCACAUUAGGAUUCACACAGGGGAAAAGCCAUUUUGCUGCCCUGAUUGUGGCAAAUCAUUCACUCGUAAGGGACAUCUAAAAAUACACAUGAUGACCCACACAGGGGAGAAACCACAUAGCUGUCCUGAUUGUGGCAAAGGGUUCAGCAUUGCCAGUAAUCUGUCAGUGCACAUGAGGAGGAUUCACACAGGAGAGAAAAGUCAAAGGAUUCAGCACUGGCACCAAUCUGAAAGUGCACAUGAGGACUCACAGGGGAGAGACCAUACUGAUGUCCCUAUAGUAGAAGAUUAAUUUUCCAAUCGGGUACAUUGAAUAGCAAUAGGCACCAUCUAUGGCCACCAGACUAUAUCCAGCUGAUCUGUCAUUAAACCGUCAAUACGCAUUAAAAUCACCCGCACAGCUGAUCUCAAUUGCAACCAUCGUUGGCCACCGAUUUACCGCUCCUUAACGCAGAUGUCCAGCUUAUCGUUUAGUCCUGACUGCAACCAACAUUUUUCAAGAUGGUUUUCCCCAAUGGCGGGCAUUAUCAUCGUAACAAUAUAAUCCUGCAAUUUUAAAUUGACUAAAGGCCAUUUAUCUAUUUGACAAUAUUUCUGUACGACUGAUUUCCUCAUUUACCAACGCAAAUCUACAAUGCAAUGUAGCUUACCCUACACAUUUUAUGAAUUGAAAAAUCAUGGUGUAGGAGUAUUUAUUUGUUUCCAAUUGAUGUAAUCAAUUAAUGGUUUUACUUGUCUUAAUAGAAUAUGACUAUUUCUGACUAAGCAGGGAAAAAUGUAUAUUCCUUAAAGGGGACGUUUUUUACAACCAAAUCUCUAUUUUUGGUGUAAAUGACAUGUUAUAGAAAUUAUUGCAACCAAUAGAAUUGUAUGUACAGUACCAGUCAAAAGUUUGGACACACCUACUCAUUCAAGGGUUUUUCUUUAUUUUUUAUUAUUUUCCACAUUGUAGAAUAAUAGUGAAGACAUCAAAACUAUGAAAUAACACAUGGAAUCAUGUAGUUACCAAAAAAGUGUUUAAACAAAUCAAAAUAUAUUUUACAUUCCUCAAAGUAGCCACCCUUUGCCUUGAUGACAGCUUUGCACACUCUUUGCAUUCUUCAACCAGCUUCAUGAGGAAUGGUUUUCCAACAGUCUUGAAGGAGUUCCCACAUGCUGGCUGCUUUUCCUUCGCUCUGCGGUCCAACUCAUCCCAAACCAUCUCAAGUUGAUGUUGUGAUGUGUCUGUUACUUGAACAUGAAGCAUUUAUUUGGGCUGCCAUUUCUGAUGCUGGUAACCUUAACUGAUUUUCUGCAGCAGAGGUAACUCUGGGUCUUCCUUUCCUGUGGCAGUCCUCAUGAGAGCCAGUUUCAUCAUAGCGCUUGAUGGUUUUUGCGACUGCACUUGAAGAACAGUUCAAAGUUCUUGACAUUUUCCGGAUUGACUGACCUUCAUGUCUAAAAUGAAUGAUGGACCGUCGUUUCUCGUUGCUUAUUUGAGCUGUUCUUUCCAUAAUAUGGACUUGGUCUUUUACCAAAUAGGCCUUUCUUCUGUAUACCAUCCCUACCUUGUCACAACACAAUUUAUUGGCUCAACUGUUUCCACAAAUGACCUUUUAACAAGGCACACCUGUUAAUUGAAAUGCAUUCCAGGUGACUACCUCAUGACGCUGGUUUAGGGAAUGGCAAGAGUUUGCAAAGCUGUCAUCAAGCUAAAGAGUGGCUACUUUGAAGAAUCUCAAAUAUAAAAUAUUUUGAUUUGUUUAAAGCUUUUUUUGGUUACUACAUGAUUCCAUAUGUGUUAUUUCAUAUGUUAUUUCUUGAUGUCUUCACUGUUAUUCUACAAUGUAGAAAAUAGUACAAAUAAACAAAGACCCUGGAAUGAGCAGGUGUGUCCAAACUUUUGACUGGUACUGUAUAUGAGGGAUACAACCAUCCCAGUACUGCAGAUUUUGCUGCGAAGAGACAGAACCAUUUGAUCACUUGUUUUGGUACUGCACAUAUGUAUAUAGCUUGUUGUUGGUCGCAGGUUCAGGAAUGGCUGAAGAAUUGCAACAUUUUCCUGGAACUAACUGCAAAAACCACUGCUGAUUGACUUGAAAAGCCAUAGUCAAUUGAUUAGUAAUAUAGUAGUACUUUUAGUAAAAAUAUUCAUCUUUAAUAUACAAUCUGUAGAAACUAUGAGAAUAGAAAGGUACGGAACUUUUGUGAAACAUUACAGCACAAUUGAAAAAUAUGGCAAUUAGAAAUGAAAACUGGAUGGUUUUCAGAGAUUGAUAGGAUGGUAACUGAAGGGUGGGGCUAAAAACAAACAAAAAAAGAUAACUAAUGUAAAAUAUACCGUGUCAUAAAAUGUAUAUAAUAUGUAUAAGCUGUAAGUAGAAGCCUAAGUAUUGUAGUCAAUUAUUUUACUCCAAUUAGGGGAGGAGGGGUAGGAUUAGGGUAAAAUAAUAAAGGCAAAAAGAUAUAUAUGUAUAUAGGGGAUUGGAAAUGAUGCAGACAAUUACAUAGAUUGGAUUCUAUCAAUCUGCUAUAUUAAAGCUGAUCUACCCCCUAAAAAAAAGUCAGAUUUAAUCAACAAAUACAGUAGUCAGUUUAAAAUAGGUUAAGGGUACAAGACUGUACAUAUGUCUGUUGGCAAAAUCACUACAUAUCCCAUCGAGCCAAGCAGGAAGAGGCUGCCCGUUGUCACCUUUCCAAGACCAGUCAGAAAUGUCAAAGUAACCCUACGCUAAUGAUGCAGGUGGAUCUCAAAACUGAACUUGUAUCCGUGGUGUCUUUCUUUCAUGAUUAUAUAACAGCAAAGGAGUUUUAAUGUUGAGGGUAAAGUAUUUUUGGAGUUUUGCAAUGAGGACAUAAACGAGCAUUGUUUAGCCGGGUAAAACAAGCUCGGGACAGGAUCUAGCUAUGCGCACUAGGCUAAUUCAGGAGACCGAUUGUAGUUUGUAUGCUCUAUCAGGAGCUGGCUGUGGAAAGUUUGAUUAAACAAUUCAGAGACUGAAACGAAUACGUCAGAUUACAAAUAUUUAAGGAGAGCGAAUCGAUAUACAAUCCUGAAAUCAGCUGUAGUUGUCAAUAGUAUAACAAUGCUUAAAACUAUGUUUGAGUGAACCCUGAAUCCAGAAAUGAAUGGUGGAGUCUUCCGGACACGGUACACGACGACUCCUCACCACGCUAUUAAGACACUUUCUGUUGGUGUUUCCUUUAUUUUGGCUGUUAUCUGUAUGUCCUCCCUUUUGUACAUAAAACAUGUUUUACGUGUAGAUGUCUUGUCAAUAUGUUAAAAUCUUCCACAUUACAUCUGUUUUGAUGUUGCUAAAGGGAAAUGACAUGGUAACGGAAUUAUGCUGAGACACUUUUAAAAUGUAUACCAAACAAAAACCAUUGAUUUCCAAGUUUAACAAACCAUUUUCUAUGCACAAUGACUACUUUUAACAAGUUUUACAAAAACACAUUUACAGGAAGAACUGUGCCGGUACAAAUUUGCUAACAAUUAAACUGAGGGAGAUUUUACCUUAAUGUGUUACCAAACUUUGCAUCUGCACAGUCUUUACAGUAAAUGAUAUAUUUUAAAUUGUUCAAAUUAGUCAUUGUGCAUAGAGUUGUACGGUUUGUUAAAAUGUUUAAUCAAUGUCUCUUGUUUGGCACACAUUUUAAAGUGAAAUCAGUCUCAGCGUAAUUCCGUUACCGUGGAAUUGUCCUACAGUAGUUUUCACAAUAUCAGUUACUCUGUGCUUAUGUUUCCAGUUUCCACAUGAGCUGAACGAUUCCUAUCGUGUUUGUUGUUACCUCUGAGCUUGAUGCCAAUAUCCACUCUGAGGAAAAAUCUAUUUUUUAUCUAUCAAGUGUUCCCAUUCAUAUAAAUGAACCUUCUGAAACAUGUUUGUUUCAUCUAGGAACGUAUAUAUUUAAUCUGCCUUUGUAUAACAGAAUAAAUGUUGAUAACGCA